AUGAGCCUCGCCAACAUCGGCACGGCCCUCGUGCCCUCGGCCCUGCUCAUCGCGAGUGUUUACGCCAUUAAGCCCGAGUUUAUCGCCUAUGCAAUUGCUGUCGCUGGAGUUCUGGCUGGUUACUUGGUUUUCAGCACCAGUAAGCCUCGCAAGGUCUUGAACCCCACCGAGUUCCAGAACUUCGUCCUCAAGGAGAAGAACGAGAUCUCUCACAAUGUCGCUAUCUACCGUUUUGCCCUCCCCCGUUCCACCGAUAUCCUCGGCCUCCCCAUCGGUCAGCACAUCUCUCUCGCCGCCACUAUCGCCGGUCAGCCCAAGGAGGUUGUCCGCUCUUACACCCCUAUCUCCUCCGACAAUGAGGCCGGCUACUUCGAUCUGCUCGUCAAGGCUUACCCCCAGGGUAACAUCUCCAAGUAUCUUACCGAACUGAAGAUUGGCGACAACAUGAAGGUCCGUGGCCCCAAGGGCGCCAUGGUGUACACCCCCAACAUGUGCCGCCACAUUGGUAUGAUCUCCGGCGGCACUGGUAUUACCCCUAUGCUGCAGGUCAUCAAGGCCAUCAUCCGCAACCGUCCCCGCAACGGUGGCAACGACACCACCAAGGUUGACCUCAUCUUCGCCAACGUCAACCCCGAGGACAUCUUGCUCAAGGACCAGCUCGAGGAGUUGGAGAAGGAGGAUGAUGGAUUCCGCAUCUACUACGUUCUUAACAACCCGCCCGAGGGCUGGACUGGCGGUGUUGGCUUUGUGACUCCCGACAUGAUCAAGGAGCGCCUGCCCGCCCCCGCUGCCGAUGUUAAGAUUUUGCUCUGCGGUCCCCCUCCCAUGGUCAGCGCGAUGAAGAAGGCCACCGAGGCUCUUGGAUACACCAAGGCGCGCCCCGUCAGCAAGCUGGAGGACCAGGUCUUCUGCUUCUAA